CGCAGCGCCGUGGGCGGUUGCAGGAGAGAGGUGGGCUGCCGGCGAGACUGCGGCUUUUCCCCCGUGGCCUCGGCGCUCGCUGCCCGGAGCCGCGAUGCCUCAGUUCCAGACCUGGGAGGAGUUCAGCCGCGCGGCCGAGAAGCUCUACCUGGCCGACCCCAUGAAGGUACGUGUGGUUCUCAAAUACAGGCACGUUGAUGGGAAUUUGUGUAUCAAAGUAACAGACGAUUUAGUUUGUUUGGUGUACAGAACAGACCAAGCUCAAGACGUAAAGAAGAUUGAGAAAUUCCACAGUCAACUAAUGCGACUUAUGGUGGCCAAGGAAUCCCGCACUGUCUCCAUGGAAACAGAAUGAAUGGUUUGAAAUGAAGACUGUUUGUAUGUUCUUGGGAAGUAAAUAGCUUUUGAAACUGAGAACGUGUUGGGAAGAAAAUAUUUAUGUAACUGAGCUGUUGAGAGCUGAGGGACCAGGCUAUGCUCUGAGGUUUGCUCUAGAGUGAGAAUGUCAGUGCUUGCAGUUACAAAACCUUUAUUUUUGGAAACUGAAUAAAUACCUUAGAAACUUUUUGCAAAUCAUUUGAUGUUGGGCAGAUAUAUAAUUAUUUUUCUGGUAAAUUCAUAUCAGUAAUUUGAGGAAUUAACAAGGAAAGUUAGUUCUUUCUAGAUUGUGUUUAAGAGGAAAUAAAGUGCAACCUUUUGCUGUG